AUGGGGCGGGGUGAUGGAAAGCGGGAGAAUGGGGCGGGUGUGAUGGAGGAGGGAGAAUGGGGCGGGGUGAUGGAAAGCGGGAGAAUGGGCGGGGUGAUGGAAAGCGGGAGAAUGGGGCGGGGUGAUGGAAAGCGAGAGAAUGGGCGGGGUGAUGGAAAGCGGGAGAAUGGGGCGGGCGGGAGAAUGGGGCGGGGUGAUGGAAAGCGGGAGAAUGGGGCGGGGAUGGAUGGGAAAGCGGGAGAAUGGGGCGGGGUGAUGGAAGGAAGGGGAGAAUGGGGCGGGGUGAUGGAAAGCGGGAGAGGGGGCGGGGUGAUGGAAAGCGGGAGAAUGGGGCGGGGUGAUGGAAAGCGGGAGAAUGGGGCGGGUGAUGGAAAGCGGGAGAAUGGGGCGGGGUGA